AUGUUGGGAGUGUUUAGUAGCUCGAUCAUGCCUCCGCCGGAAGAGUUGGUGGCAGCGGGGAACAGGACGCCGUCGCCUAAGGCCACGGCGGCGAAGCUGGUGGGCCGAUUCUUAGAGGCCAAUUCUUCGGCUGUGUCGGUUCAGAUCGGCGAUCAUGUUCAGCUCGCUUACAGUCAUAACGACCAGUCCGCUUUAAAGUCCAGAUUAUUUGCAGUCAAGGACGAAAUAUUCUGCUUGUUUGAAGGAUCUUUGGAUAACUUGGGGAGUCUGAAGCAACAGUAUGGCCUUGCCAAGUCUGCAAAUGAGGUGCUGUUGAUGAUUGAAGCAUACAAAGCACUACGAGACAGAGCACCUUAUCCUCCAAAUCAUGUUGUUGGCCAUCUCGAGGGGAAUUUCGCAUUCAUAGUUUUCGACAAGUCCACUUCUACUUUAUUUGUAGCUACGGAUCAAUAUGGCAAGGUUCCCCUCUAUUGGGGAAUUACUGCUGAUGGAUAUGUGGCAUUUGCUGAUGAUGCUGAUUUACUAAAGGGUGCUUGUGGCAAGUCACUUGCUUCUUUCCCACAAGGAUGUUACUUUUCCACAUCAGUGGGUGAACUUAGAAGCUAUGAGAACCCUAAAAACAAGAUCACUGCUGUUCCUGCUAAUGAGGAAGAAAUAUGGGGAGCAAAAUUUAUGGUUGAAGGGUCGACUGUUCUCACAGCCACAAAGUAG